AUGUAAAAUAACGAUCCAAUCCCAUUAUAUAUGCUAACUAAAAAAACUAAUGUAGAUCACUUAGUUGGGUCUAAAGCAUCCAGAACACAUACUAGUAAGAUAAAUGUUGAAAUAUUAAAGGAGUAGAGACAAAAGUGAGUACUUCAAUUUCAAAUUCUUAGAAUAGUCAACGCAAAACAUCUUUCUAUAAUAGACCUCCAUUAUCAACAAAAAAUACGUUUAGUGUUCAUGUUGAUACUGAUGAGGGAGGAGGAGUUAAAAAAAUUUAGAGUUAUCAAAACAUUAAUAAUAAGAUGGAAAAAUUUUCAUAAUAGAAUAGACAUCUGAUUUGUAAAUUUUAUGAAGGUAUUUAUUUAAUUGGAAAUUCUACUAUUGGCAAAACAGAGAUACUAUAUUAAUAUGGAUAAUGUCAUCUUGAAUAAUUAUUACCUGAUUUAGUAUUUCCAUAUGGAGCAAAAGAUGUAUAGAAAAAGUUAUCAGAUUCUUAAAGUGAAAUUAAUGAAAUCCUUUAUAAAAGACAUGUAUCAGAAAAUAAUCCAAAUUGCUUUAUUUUACCAAUUAAAACAUCAGAGUCAUUUGAAAAAGCAUGUAAUAACUUAAUUUAUUAUAGAGUAUAAUAGUAAUCAAUUAGCUUAUUGUAUUUGUUUAUCAAUAUAAGAUAUUUGUCCAUCAAAAAAUAGUUAUUUAAAAUGUGAGAGAGUACUUUGUAUAGUUUCAUAUUUACCUUUAAUAAAAUAUUUUAUUGAUUUUUUGAUAGAAGUCAUGAGUAUUUAAUUAAAUUAAUUAGAUUGUGCAAAAGAGGAGAGAUUUAAUAAUUUAACAUUUACAUAAUACAUUUAAAAAUGUCCACUUUUUGAAACUCUCCCUAUAUAAAUUCCAAGUCAAUAAAUACCAUAAUCCUAUUAUGAUUUUCAUGAUUACCAUGUGAAAUAAUUAAAAAUAUUAAAUAAUGCACUUAGUAUUGGAUUAGUUGCAAUAAAUAUCAUUUUAGAGAGAUCUGUGAUAUUUGUAGCAUAAAAUGUAUAAUAAUUAGGAGCAAUUCUUAUGCUUUUUCUUAAACAUGUGAAAUGGAUUCAUUAAAUGGUAGCUUCAAUACCUCCAAAAAAUAUUGAAUUAUUGAAUGUACCUGUUCCCUUAUUAGGUGGAUUAGUAUUAGAUGAUUAUCAGUGUGUUGAAUAAUUAAUAGAUGAAUAUCCAAAUGUAGUUUUUGUGGACCUUUUUAAGUUAAAUAAUAUUUAAUUUUAGUUAGCAUGUCCGUAAUUCUCAUGAUUUUACUAAAAGUCUUAUAUAUAUAUUUUUGGUCAGAUAAUUACAAGGGAAAUCAUAUUAUGAGAUGGGAUAAAUUUUAGGACAGUUCUAAUAAAAUUUAGUCUAAGAAACUUCAAGAGAUGAGUAUAUAAUAAAAGAAUUUAGACAAACUCAAUAUUUUCAUGAGAUGGAUUAAUUGAAAUAGUCAUUAAAUGUAAGAAAUAUUCCUACAAAGUCACAUCAUAUAAAGGUGUAGUAAGAAUAAACAUUUAGAAAAUUUUGA